AUGAUCUUAAUGAAUUUGUUUCCAAAGUGGGUGGAUUAUUCCAUUGCAUUCAUUCUAUUGAGUUGUUUUUCCGUGGUGUUAUAUUUCCGAAUAUUCAAGAAAUUAUCGUUGUUUGCAUUGAUUCUUCAAUUCUUAUUUCAAAUUAUUUACUUGUUGGAAUAUUAUAAUAUAAUUAAAUUAAAUACAAGUUUAGAAGGCUUAGAUGAAGACUCCCAAGAUUAUAUCCGAAGGAAGGCCCUUCAAGGGCUUUCAAAACGAGAAUUGGCAGUCGUACGAUGGAUGGAACUUUUGAACGGCAAACCAGAGCCUCAUCCCGAUAUUGAUGAUUAUUUUGUCGAUAAAACAAAGAGUAGAGAGGCAAUAGUGGCCGACAUUACAAAUUUAAGACAUACAAGUCCUGAAUCUCCUCAUGUGUUGUUAGCUGGACCUUACUAUAACCCAACUGAGAAGAUUGAUUUCCGAAAGGAAUCCGUUCCAGAAGAUACAUUACCAAGACUUGAAAGUUUAUACUUUGAUUUUGGCUCAAAAGCAAGAAGAAGAAGAACGGAUCACAAACGACGAGUUUGUCUUUUACAUUUCCAUGGAGGAUGUUACCUUUUAGGAUCUGCACGUGCAUGCCAGGUUCAUGAGUUAAUGUGUGCCAAGCAUGGCUAUCAUUUACUGGGUGUGGAAUAUACCAUGUAUCCCUUUCGUCCCAUUGAGGAUGCUGUUGAAGAAGCAUUCGACGCUUUUAAGUGGUUAGUCCAUGAAAAGCACAUGGAGGAAAUUUAUCUGAUUGGAGAAUCGUCUGGAGCACAUUUGGGUCUUCUACUUGCAGAAAAGAUUUCACGAAUAGUCGUGGACGACAUGAAGGAUGAAACAAACAAGCUCUAUCGUUCUGCUCUGAAAGGAGCUAUACUAUUGUCUCCUUGGAUGAAUUUAACGAUGAGAGAAACAGAGGGAAUUAAUGACAUUGAUCAUCAAGAUAGAUCUCUGACCAAUCGAAUAAUCAGAAUGUGGAAGAAUAAUGGAGUACCAUGUGGAUUCAAUGAACGACAAAGAGCCAAAUCCUUAUCACCUUGCUUUUGGCCACUUGAAACAAUUCAAGCUUUGAAAGAAGUGCUUCCAAAAGGAAUCUUCAUUUCAUACAGCGAGAGAGAACGCUUUGCUGAUGAAAUUGAAAUGUUUAUUGAAAAAUUGAAACAUUGUGACUUCAAGUCUGUCACGAUUCAAGUUGAGAAGAUACCUUUUCAUGCUUUUCACAUGCUUCGUGACUUGUUACCAGAGCAUUAUAAGAGAGCAGAGAAUGGUAUUGUCAAUCUCAUCGAACACUGA